AUGGCUGAUAAUGCCAAUCGUCUACCAGGGCAGACUCAAGCUUCUCCAUCCCAGCCACAGCUGAGUGCAGCGCAUGAAGAGGCAGCGCCGAUUGCCGCAGAGAAUCACAAUCCAAACAGCCAUUAUAUUCCCCGCCCUAAGCGUAUCGCAUGCGUUCUUUGCCGAAGGAGGAAAUUAAGAUGCGAUGGAAAGAGACCCAGUUGCGGGACAUGCUCUCGGUUAGGUCAUGAAUGCAUAUUCGAUGAAGUGCGCAAGAAAAGCGGCCCAAAGCGGGGUUAUGUGAAGCAGCUAGAAGCACGUCUGGCCCAGGUCGAAACUCUACUUAGAAAUCAAGGAGCACAAGUACAGCAAAGCCAGGGCAAUAGUCCUAUUGCUUCAGUGAUAACCCAUUCGGCUGGCGCGCCCGGUAUCUCUCCCCAGGAUGGUGUUCAUAUGCAGUCUCCGGAGGGAGAGGCCGAUCCUAUCUCUUCGACUCCCACAUCGUAUCAUGCAGGAGCAGCAAGCAGCGAUAAUCCCCAAGGUAGCUUGAUAAGCCUGGGGCUGGAAGAACCCCUUCCCACGCAGGAGGUUAUUGAUGAGCUGACUGCGAUAUAUUUCAAGAAGAUACAUCCUCGACUUCCCAUGAUUCACCGCCCAAGGUAUUUGGCAGCUGCAAGCCUUGCUCCUGCCUCACGGCCUCCUAUAUGCUUACAGUACAUGAUUUGGUGCCAUGCGGCGUCUGUCACGGACAAGUACUCCAGUCUUCACAGUAUUUUCUACGAGCGAGCUCGUAAGUACGCCGAAUUGGACGAGUUAGAAGGUCUUGGUGAGCGUGUGGUGUCUAUCUCACAUUGUCAGACCUGGGUACUCAUCGGCACAUAUGAGUUCAAAAUGAUGUUUCUUCCUCGAGCGUGGCUGAGUGUUGGAAAAGCUGCCAGAUUGGCGACGAUGCUAGGUCUAUGUGGUAUAGAUGAAGAUGGUCUCAACGUCAAACAGACCUUGCCACCUUCCAAGGACUGGUCUGAAAAAGAAGAGCGAAGGAGAGUAUUUUGGAUGGCUUUCUGUCUCGAUAGAUACGCAAGUGUCGGUACUGGAUGGCCUGUCUCGUUUGAUGAAAGAGAUAUCUUCACGAAUCUUCCAGCGUCUGAGGAAUCAUUCAUCGAUAACAACCCGCAACAGACUGGUCGUCUCGCAGACAUACUGAUAACCGGGAAUAUUUCCACAAUGUCUACUUUUGCACGAGUCGUGAUAUUAGCUUGCAUGUUUGGGAAGAAUGUCGCACAUCUGCAUCGUCCUGAUCCCCAAGAUAAUGAACAUGAUCUCACUGGACUGUACUGGCAGCGGCACCGUGCCUUUGAUAAUCUCCUACUCCACUUUGCGCUCUCCAUGCCGAGUCAUCUGCGGCUGACAGUCUUGACGACCGACCCGAACAUUAUAUUCUGCAACAUGGCUAUUCACACAGCAACGAUUUGUCUGCAUCAAGGGGCAAUAUUCGUAGCGGAAAAGAACAAAAUGCCAGAGCAGAUCGCCACCGAGAGUAAGCGACGGUGUAUACUAGCUGCCGAUCAAAUCUCCAACAUAAUGAAGAUGAUCAUUCAUCUAGAUCUGAGUGUUAUGGACCCAUUCAUGGCGUUUUGUAUCUACGUGGCCGCGCGGGUCUUUAUCCAAUACCUGAAAUUUCGCCCCAGUGACUCCGCUGCACGUUCAUCUCUACAAUUUGCCUUUUCUGCCCUCGAUGCCUUCAAAGAAAAAAAUCCGCUAGCAGAACCAUUCGUCAUGCAACUUGAACUUGAUAUUGGUGGAACUGCCUUUGGAGAUGUUCGCGCUUCGAAAACGAUGUGUAUCGCGUCCCAUAUACCGACUUGCGCGAACAAUACACAAACUGCAAACCAAUCAAGAGGCCAGGACGACAAUACAACCCCGGAUCACGCUCAAAGGACUUCUGGAUCCACGCCCACUGAAUAUGCAAGUCAACAGACUACCACUGAAACGCCACCAGGCCGACCAAGCAAAACAAUUCACAGCGGCUCUGUAACAUCCAAUCAUGCAGCACCGACCAGAAAUGGCAAUAAUAUUCCAAAUUUGGAUACGAACAUGUCUUCUACAUCCAACGGGAACGCCAACACCCACCAGUCAACCAACUCCAUACCCUCACACCUAGCUUCCACUCAGAACAACCUCGCCUACUUGGGACCAGCGACAUACCCCUCAUCCACACAAGUCCCUAUACAGCCAGAACUAUUCUCCCCCAGUGUCUUCGCUCCGUUCCAAUACGGAACCAACACUGUCUUUCCCAACCAGUCAACUCAGCUCGAUCCCACGAGAUCCGGAAACCCCCUCACUACCGAUCCUACAUGGAAUACCACACAGAAUCCUAUACCUGACCUAGGCGAUGGAGACCUAGUCAAUAAUUCGUCUAAUGGCCCCGAAGCUCUCAGCGAUGCUCCGUGGGCAUUACUCGCCUCAGGAGGCUGGGAGUCAUGGCAAGGGUUGAACUUCAUGCCUUGA